AUGCUAUGGCAUCAAGAAAGAAUGGAAAAAUACAAUGAAGAAUCAGAGAAGACGAGCGUACUUACCUACGAAGCUCUUGGAGGUACGAGUAUCGAAGGCCAGAUGGGAGAUGUCGAUAGUGAUUACAGUUCAUUGUGUUUGCUUUGUUCCUUCACGUCUUGCAAAUUCAUCUCAUUCUAUAAAAACCAGAUGGUGUCCGUUAGGGAGAAUGGUGAUGAUAUUUUCCCCGAGCAUGCGUCUAGUGAAGGCCGUGAUGUGAGUCCUAGAAUAGGUCACGAAUACCAGGCGGAAAUUCCUUCAGUGCUUAAGAAAUCAGAGCAGCAUUCAUUUCAAAUGAAUCCUGCAGAUUCUGAAGCAGUGCAUGAACACGAGGAGUUGGGAUGUCAUGAAGAUAGUGAUUCAGGUCAAUUAAGCAAAACUGAAAAUCAAAGGCUGGCCUUUGGCAGAUCGAGUAGCACCUGGAGUGAUGCUGAUACAAAAAGUUUUAUAGUUGGCUUGUUUAUUUUCGGGAAGAACUUUAUUCAGAUAGAAAGAUUCUUGGAGAACAAAGGAAUGGGGGACAUACUUUCUUUUUACUAUGGAAUGUUUUACAAAACAGAUGGAUAUCAUAGAUGGUCAGAGUGCAGGAAGUUAAAAGGAAGAAAAUGUAUGAUUGGAAAGAAACUUUUUACUGGGCUGAGGCAACAUGAACUAUUGUCUCGCUUGAAUCCCCAUGUCUCUGAAGAGUCUCAAGAUACUAUGUUACAGGUUUCUAAAUUGUAUGCGGAGGGAAGAACUUCUCUAGAAGAAUACAUAUCUUUUUUGAAGUCGGUUGUUGGACUUGGCGUUCUUGUGGAAGCAGUAGGUAUUGGUAAGGAGAAGGGAGACCUGACUAGGUUUGGUCUGGAACCUCCGAAGAAUCACGCGCUUCCAGUGCAAACUUGCAAAGAUUUGUCUUCUCUUGGUCCGAGUGAUAUAAUACAAUAUUUGACAGGAGGAUUCAGGCUGAGCAAAUCCAAAAGUAAUGAUAUUUUCUGGGAAGCUGUUUGGCCCCGCUUAUUGGCAAGAGGUUGGCACUCCGAGCAACCAAAGAAUGGAAGUUAUCUUACCUCCAAAGAUUAUCUAGUUUUUCUUAUUCCCGGCGUUGACAAGUUUUCAAGGAGGAAACUUGUGAAAGGUGAUCAUUACUUUGACUCUGUUAGUGAUGUCUUGAGCAAAGUAGUAGCUGAACCGAAUAUUCUCGUGCUCGAAGAAGAAGAAAAAGCUAUAGUUGGUAGCUACAAUGAAGACAAGCUAGUAAAGGGAUCAAAUGAAGAUGAUUUAUCUGACAAUCAUCGUCAAUGUUACCUCAAGCCCCGAUGCUCUACCUACAAUAAAGAUCAUACCAAAUUCAUGGUUGUUGAUGCCAGUUUGGUACAUCAGGGAAAGCCAUCCGAUUUAAGAGAAUUCAAAUCUGUUUAUUCAGCGCCUAGAAUUGAGGUAGAUGCUGCUGGUAAAAAAUAUAAAGGGCACAAAUAUAUGAGGAAAGUGAAGCAUAACAAGGAUAUGUCUGAAAGCAUUAAACAAAAUUUGACAAAGUUGACAGCUAUUGAUACCAAUAGACUUUCUGAUGGAAAACUAUUGAAGCUGAAAGUUAAACUGAAAUGUCCGCCAGUUGAAUUAGAAAAUGCUUCUACGAUGACUAAUGGUCUUGUGAGAGAAACUAACCAGGGGUCUUCAAUUGAUUAUUCACCGAGAAUGGCGGAAGAUAAGAUGCUGAUAUGUGGCAAAAGGAAAAUCAAUAUAACUGAUAGUCUCAUGGGUGUAUCUAAUAGUAAAAAAGACCCAUGUGAUAAUCCUGUUAAUGGUGCAAACAAGAUGUUCCAAAGCCCGAAAAAUCAACACACUUGUGUGUUUGAUGAUGAUCAACUUAAGAGGAUCAUAAAGCAUGAAUUCAACCGGAAAGUAAGAUCAGGUGAUUCUAAUCAUGCAGCUGUUCCUAUUAAAAGGAGGAGAUUGACUGCUUGUGUCAAGGCAGAGAAAAGCCACCCCAUUGAAAAUUUUUCAGGAGGUUUUGGAUCAGAAAAAAUAGGAUUCUCUCAGUCUUCUAGCUUUCCAGAUACAAACAAAAGUGUGUGUGAGCCAUUUGGUCUUCAGCAGAACGGGAUUUCAACUGCUGCUUCAGCUGACCGAAGUGUGGAAGAGAAUACUGAGAAGAACAUUCUCUACAAAAGUUAUCAAUGCAGGAGUGUUUCUUGUGUUAAAGUUGAGAAAUGUAAAUCUUUCACCUUCAACAUGCCACAGGUUUCAUCAAAUUUUGAAAAUAACAAUACCAUGGCGAUGGCAGAGGAAGGUGAGCAAGACCUAAAGGCAAUAGGUCCAUGUCUAACAUCUUCUACUCAUAAAGUAGUUGAAAAGCCUCUUAGAACCCCUUGCGAUGUUGAUUCUUUGGAACAGCAUCCUGAUAUAAAUCCUAGGAGACAGAGCCGCAGAACCCGCCCAUUGACAGUUAGAGCAUUGGAAUGUAUAGCAAAUGAAUUCUUGCAUGUGCAAAAGAGACAGAAAAAGAAAAACAGCCAGACACACUAA